GCACAACGUCUCACAUUCCAGAGCUACAAAAAUACAUUCUGUUUCAAGAGCCGUUCCUUCCAGUCAGUGACAGAGCGUGGGCGUGCUCUCCCCUCGUCCAUCCAGACCUCUCCUGCGCAGUGACGUCUCAGAUUCGUCGAGUCUCCCAGAUUGUAGUUUGUUUGCUUUCGCUCCUUUCUUUGCCCGGUCUGCUAGACUAGAGAGAGAUAAAGAAAGAAAGGAAGGAAGAGAGAAGGAAAUAAUGAAAGAGAAGGGGAGCGGGCACAGAGAAGAAAAAUGACGAGUUGGCGGAAGUUAAUUGCCGUCACGAACGCAAAAAUAGUUGAUUAGAGUUUCGUUUUUAAAAAAUAAAAAAAAUAACAGCAUGGCUGCGGAGGAGGUGCGGGUGUGCCGCCGGGCCCCGGUGGCUAUCAAACAGGAGCAAGACGACGAUUCAGACGCUGAAGAGCCGAACCUGGGGCCCAAGAAGUCGGAUGGACAGAUCAUCCAUAGCGGUCACUUCAUGGUCUCUUCGCCUCACAGCGAGCACCCACCAAAAAAGGGCUACGAUUUCGACACGGUCAACAUGCAGACCUGCCAGACGUACUGCUUUGGGAAAACAAGCACCUCUCACUUCUCCAUCGACGCAUCCCUAACCAAACUGUUCGAGUGCAUGACCCUGGCGUACAGUGGGAAACUGGUGUCACCAAAAUGGAAAAAUUUUAAAGGACUGAAGCUGCUAUGGAGGGACAAAAUCCGACUCAACAACGCCAUCUGGAGGGCGUGGUAUAUGCAAUAUGUAGAAAGGAGAGACAAUCCUGUGUGCCACUUUGUUACUCCACUGGAUGGAUCGGUAGACAUGGAGGACCAUCGCAGACCAGAGGCAAUUGCAACUGAAGGAAAAUAUUGGAAAAGAAGAAUUGAAAUAGUAAUCAGGGAAUAUCACAAAUGGAGAACUUAUUUUAAGAAAAGGUUACAGAAGCACAAAGAUGAAGACCUCUCAAGCCUUGUCAAGGGUGCUGGGGAGCAGUACUCGUUGUUUGGGGAAUGCUAUCCGGACACCUUCUGUGUCUCCUUCUGCCAGGAUGACGAGGUGGGGGCCUGGCGAGCGAACAGGAAGGGCCGGGACACCCCGGUGCCUAUGGAGCAGGACAUCGACAUAGAAAUGCUGAUGUCAGAGUUCACCGACACACUCUUCUCCACGCUCGCUUCCCAUCAGCCCGUCGCCUGGCCCAAUCCUCGAGAGAUCGCACAUGCCGGAAACGCAGAUAUGAUUCAACCAGGUUUAAUUCCUCUUCAGCCAAAUCUAGAUUUCAUGGAUACAUUUGAGCCUUUUCAGGAUUUCUUUCCUUCUGUUCGCUCGUCUUUUUUCCCUUCAUUUUCCAUCCCUUCAGUUUCUUCGAUGGCAAGCAGCAAUUGUCCAACUCAGACCUCCAUCCUGACAUCUCCAGUCUCCUCUGCCAGUCUCAGCCAGGAGCCGAUUCCACCUCCAGUUACCCCUGCUCUUUCAAACACAAGCAAUAAGAACUGUUCCAGUGCUGUCAAUGCUUUCGGACAGACAGCAGAGUUCAGGUCACAGACACCUCUAGCAAACCAGCAGACGUUUUUACCUGUGUUUCCCCCGUUGGUGCCCUCUGUUCCCUGUGCAGCUGAUGCCGCCAGGGUUCCAGCCCCUCCCUCGCCCCCUCCCCAAACCGUCCAGCCCACUGCAGUGCCUCAGAAUGGAGCUGGGGGAGUCACUCAGGCCUCAUUCCCUUCAGCAGAGACUCCUAAGUUUGGAUUCAGCAGCACUUUGCAAUCGUCUGUCAUUACGCACACUGCCUCCGGUCAGAGCCCAAGUCUCAUCCUCACAACACGCCCUCAAGCAGGGCCCCGCGAUGCCUCUGUGAUGCCUCACUUUCAGCCCCAGCCCUCUGCACCAGCUCAGACUUUUGCCCUCCCAAAGCCAGUGCAACUUAAAGGAACAAGGGCGAAACCACUGCAGAAAAUCGUGCCUGCUCCCACACCCCUAGUGUUUAAAAAUGCUUUCAUAGCACCAGCUUCCUUUCCUGGGCAAACCAGUGCUGUGAUUGUCACCCCUGCACCUUUAAAAAGUGAAGGGGUAUCCCCACCCAGUGUUGUCCUUGCACCCACUGCCAUUGGAAGGAACCCAGGAGUGACCGAGUUCCAUAUAUUGCAACCAACAGUAACCUCUCAACACCUUAUCAUAGCCAAAGAUGAGCCGGGCUCUUCCACAAACUGCAGAGCGCAGACUCCUUCUCCUACAUCUAACAGGGAACGUCACAAUUCAGGUCAGGGAUCUCUAUGCACUUCCGAACAGAUUCCCGAUCCCCAGUCAUCCCAGAACAGCUCCACCAGCAAAUCCAAGACGGACUCGUGCAUCGUUGGAUUUAAGAGCCGAAGAAUAAACCACAUCUCUGCAGAACAAAAGAGGAGAUUCAACAUCAAGAUUGGUUUUGACACCUUGAACACUUUAGUCCCAGUUUUAAAAUCUCAGUCAAAUUCAAAACCAAUAAGCAAUGCAGCCACUCUUCAGAAGACUGUGGAAUAUAUUGCCAAGUUACAACAAGAGCGAGCGCAGAUGCAGGAGGAGGCCAAACGUCUCAAGGAUGAAAUUGACACGCUCAAUACUUCCAUCAAUUGUUGCCAGCAGCAGCUCCCUGCUACAGGAGUGCCGAUAACGCGCCAGCGUUUUGAUCACAUGCGGGAGAUGUUUGAUGACUAUGUGAAGAACAGGACGCUUCAGAACUGGAAGUUCUGGAUAUUCAGCAUAAUCAUUAAACCGUUAUUCGAGUCCUUCAAUGGGAUGGUUUCAACAACAAGUUUAGAUGACAUGUGUAACACCACGCUGUCCUGGCUGGAUGAGCACUGUCCGCUGCCUGUUCUGCGGCCAAUGGUCUUACGCACACUGCGCCAGCUCAGCACCACAACCUCCAUCCUGUCUGACCCGUCGCUUUUGCCCGAGCAAGCAACACAGGCCGUCCGCAAGAUGAACAACAGAAGCGGAGAAUCUUAGCUAAGAACAUUUGGGAGCAUAAGGGGUUCUCUUCUCAAACUCUCCCACUCCGCUAUAGGGAUUUUUUUUCUCUCUCUUUUGCGCUUGCACUAAGCAGUUCAGGCUGUUAACUGUACAAUCCAUAUGCGAUGGCCAUUAAACAGCAGAGGUCUGUCCUGCCGUGUGCAGGUGUGGCGCUCUCUCAGGCUGGAGGGCUGAUCUCGGGUAAGCUGUGGGUGAAGGAGAUGCAGGUGUCUACAGUGAAGCACCACGCCCCGGGAACGUGUCGGGAUCGCUGCCCCUAGGGGUGCAACACAGCUUAAUGAGUGGCAGAAGAAAAUGCAGCAGAAAGGAACAGUGCAUGGCCCAGGCUGCACUUUUACAGUGUCAUUGAACAUUUUGAAGAUGGUUUAGGUAAAGGGAAAUGCAUCAGGAUGGAUCUUAAUUGUCUUUUUUUAAAUCUGUUUGUACAUUUUUUCCCCUUGUGCUUUUUUUUCUUUACAUAUACAUGCACACAACUGUUACACAAUAUGAUUUGCCAAAUAUAUUAUUUUACAUGGGUACAAGCUCUUCAGUCUGUACCUCUUCCAAUCUUGUUCUUGUAGUUCAGCUCAUCUUGCAGAACGCCUUUUUAAUACAGGCUUCUUGGAGGUGAAAUCUGAAAGAUCCAUGUAAACUACCUUAUUUGAGAAAUAUGUCCAUUGUGCCAGGGUGCUACAUUAACCCCACACCUACACAGAAUGCAGAACCCAGUAAUGACCUGCAUUUCAAAUAACAUACAGGUAUUAUUAUUGAUCCCUGGAUUAUGCUGAGACAUGCACAAUAACACUGUGUGAUGAAUCUCUCUAAAUUCCAGGUUCUAUAUACAGUAGGUGUGUCAAUAAUGUAUGGAUGUAUUUACACUCAAGUGCUCAGGGGUAUAUACAUGAGCUUAUACAACUACCAAAUAUGAAAUUCAGGGACAGCUGACCCAAGAUACAUUGGGUUGUAUUCACAAAGCAUAGUAGCCAGUGAUUACUUAUAAAAACAAAAAUGCUUUAAAUGAGUAACUUGGUUAUUUUAAGAGCUGUGUAUCUUAGUUGUUUCUUGCUAGUUCUGCAACAUAAGUACUUUACACCCUUCCCUUCUAUAGAUAUUUUGUUUGACAAUUGUUGUGUUCCAUUUUUUGCUUUUUUUUCAGUCUUCUUAAGAAUUCUCACAGACUACAUUUUUUGGUGUUUUUGAUUUUUUUUAAGAAGGUUCUGUGUGUUGUUGAAAUACAGCUUUUCACAUAUGUAAAUGUAUGUGUAUAUCUGUUUUCUGUUCCACAUACUGUAGGUGCAUACAGUUGAACCUGCUUGGACAAAAUACCUAAAAUCCUGGACAUGCAGCAUGUUCUAGAACCAUUCAGGGGGUGGGCACAUUAAUUGUGCUGUUCGGAUCUGCAAAACAUGGAGCUUUAAGUAUUAAAAAUAUUAUUCCGUUUAUACAACAAUACACACGUCGACUAUUUUUUAGGGCCUGGUUGGAACAAAUACUUAUACAUUACUUUUGUGAGCCUUAAGUAGCAGCGAUGGUGUUCUUGUAGGGCUAGUGUCUACAGUGUUUGUCACUCACAUGGUUAUGCAGGUGCUUUAUUCACCACCUACAUAAAGAAGUAAUACUGUGCUGCAGAUGCUUUUGGCUGGCAACGUUAUCUGGUUUGACUUCAGUUGUAUAUAGUAAAACACCCCUCCAUCCCUCCACUGCUGAGCUUUAGUCAUAUGAAGAGAAAACGCAGGAGUGAUAUUACCACAUUUUUGGCUUCAGAAUCUGAUGGGUUUAUACCAAUUAGAGCAACUUUAUGGAGAUGUUAAAGUAGUGUGUUUUACUAGUUAUUUCUUAGGUUACACUCCAAGGGAAUGUAACUACAAGGCAGUCCGUGUCAUGUAUGACUUCAGGAUGAAAAGCUCCUUACUAAAUCUUACAGGUGUGUGUUUUUUUUUUAUUGAGCGCGUUUCAUCGUAAGCACUGUGAAACUGAAUCCAGUAAAAAAAAAAGUGCUAUGCAAAGAAAAAACUUUUUUUUUUCUUUCAAUAUUUGUUUGGUUUCAGACAAGGGUCUGAGAGAAGCUGUAGCUGAUAUGACAUGUAUCAUCUUGUCUGUUUUUAUUUGUUACUGUGAGUGAUCAUUUGAUAUCUGCUGCGGUGCAGAAUUGAUAUAUUACAAAGUUAUAAAGAAAUACACAUUGUAAACCUAAGCUGAAUUCUUUUACAUCGGUGCUAUUAAUGGUCUUUGUAGAAUAGAGUUCUGCCAUUCUUGAGAAUUAAAUUGCUAGGCAAUCCGUUUUGGAUUUAAAACUGUAAAUAUGUUUUCCUAUUGAGUAAACAACUUUUUAAAGUC